UCACCCCGCCUUCAGCACGCUCAUGUGUCUCGUAAAGAAACUUGUUUUUUGACGCAGAAACCGAGCACAGGGCCUGUGCUUCACGCGGGACUAGAAGCAUUAAAUCAAGAGUUAUGGAAAACUGAGUCUUCCUUCCUGUCAGCUCCAACUCCAGCCACUUUUCCUGCGUUCAAACUACUUGAGGAAAAAGAGGGAGGAGCCGCUGAAUCAACUUCAGUUCAUAUCUUAUCAUAGGAAACCAGCGCCCUGCUGCUACUCCACAGCUGCUCCUCUCAGACGAAGCUUGGUCCAGCUGAAUUUGCCAACUAACAGCGGCGCAAUGGGGGAUUUUAUCUCAACUCAUCUGGAUGAAGGCAAACGGGAGGUUAUAACAGCACGGACAGGGGAGCUGAUGGGAGAGUUUGGUCUUCUAUAUGAACAGCAGUAUGCGGUUGCUCUCUUUAACAAGAUGCGCUAUGACAUUGAGGGUGGAGGAGGCCCUCAGAAUCAGCUCCUGCACCGAAAGGUUCCCCUAAAGAAUAAAUCCAUCUUCUCAGGGGCUUUAUUCCAGUAUCUCGAAGAGAACAAAAAAUGGAGGAAUCGUUUUCUCUUUAUUCCUGACUCCUACAACAUCAACUAUUAUGAAAACAAACAGGCCCACGACAGAGGGCUGCAUCCUAAAGGCACCAUUAACUGUGCUGGCUACAGGGUCCUGACAUCUAUGGAGGAAUAUCUUGAACUCCUUAACACCAGCCUACCAGGUGUAAAAGCUAAAGUUGGCACUUCUCCAUUCCUGAAAUGUGCGACGCAGUUUCCCCUCAUUCUCUGGCAUCCUUAUGCUCGCCACUACUAUUUCUGCAUGGUGACUGAGAAGGAGCAGCAAAAGUGGAACGCUGUCUUUCAAGACUGUGUCCGGCACACCAGCAAUGGACUGUCUGAGGACUGUAAAGUCCAGACCCCCGCAUUCACAGAUGCAGUGCGACUCUAUCGGCAGACCCAUGGCGACUAUGGCACCUGGGGCAUGAUGUGUGGGACGCCUCCACAGAUCCUCGCCAACCUUGUCAUGGAGAGACUCCUUCCUGAGAUGAGACCCCUCAUCACCCCCAAACUGAAGGGCAAGAUGCAUGAGAGACAGAGGAAUUGGAUUCUGAUAUCAGAUGCAGUGUAUGGGCUGGUUCAGAGCCAGACUGGGGCGCAGUAUGAAGCAAUAGUGCAGAGCUGUGAAGCAGGUCGCCCCCCUCUGGAAACCACCAUCCGCACCGACAUGGACCAGAUCAUAACUUCCAAAGAACACGUGAGCAGCAAAAUAAGAGCACUUGUGCUGCCCAAGGCAGAGAAGCUUCUGAAGGUGAGUAUCCAGCCGUACAUCAGCUCAAUCCUGGAUGCGCUGAUGGAGCCCACCAGCAGAGGCUUCUUUGAGGUGCGAGACUUGUUCUUCAGAGAGCUGGUAGACAUGAGCAAGAACCUCCUCAAUGACGGCAACAAGGAAAAACUCGGGGAGCACAUGGAGAAGAUCUCCAUGCUAGCCUUCCAUCCUGUGAAGAUGCAGAGCUGCUAUGAGAAGAUGGAGACCUUGAGUUUAGAGGGUCUUCAGCAGCGCUUUGACGUUUCCAGCCCCUCUGUGUUUGUCCAGAGAGCCCAAAUCCUAAUGCGAGAGCAAAUGGAUGAUGCAGUAUACACAUUUGAGCAGCUCCUGCACCAGAGUUUGGAGGACCAGGAAGCGGAGGAUCUCUGUAAAACCAUCCAGGGCUGCACUGAUCGUGUCAUCAAGAAAUUUGACUACGACAGCAGCACUGUUCGUAAGAAGUUCUUCAGAGAGGCUCUUCUGCAGAUAUUCAUCCCCUACAUGCUGAAACAGCUCUCCCCAUCAUGCUCUACUGAACUCCCUCGUUUCCAGGAGCUCAUUUUUGAGGAUUUCUCUCGUUUCAUUCUGGUGGAAAACAUAUUUGAAGAAGUGGUGCUGCACACAGUCAUGAAAGACAUAAUGAUGGCUGUGAAGGAAGCAGCCGUCCAGAGGAGACACAACCUGUACCGAGACAGCAUCGUUUUGACCAACAGCGACCCUAACCUUCACCUGUUGGGGGAGAAUCCGCCAAUUGACUGGGCUGAGGAUUAUGGAGGACGUCAAGAGGAGGAGGAUGGAGAGAAUGCCGGCGAUCCAGAGGCUCAAAAAAGGCGCAGGAUGAAGCAGGUGGUCUCCAUGAUCCAGGAAGAAGACAAUGCCUUUGUGCUGCCCAAUGAAUCAUGCCUGGAAGUGCCCGCUGUAGACAAUAUUCCAGAGGAGGAGGCCGAGGUACGUUCAGAAACCUUGUUAUCCCAACAGUCAGAGAAGCAAGUUCCUAAUGGAACCAAAAAGGAUGUGAACAAAAACGCGACUGAUGAGAAACCACCAACAAACGGAAGUGCAAUAAAAGAGGAAGAAAGCACAACAGAAAAGUCGCUGCAGGGCAUAGUGAGCGAGUCGGCCAUAGACUCUGCCAUACAGGAAAUCGAGAAUGCAGUACAGGAAGAGGAACAUGAACUCAGGACACCGAAAACUGCUGAGUUAUCAUCCUUGAAAGAGGAAAUCGCAGCCGAGGAGGUAAAACCCACCUCAAAUUAUGAAGAAGGGGCAAGUCUUAACCCAGCAGACACGAACAAAGAUUCACCUUCAAGCACAGGGGAGGAGCCUUUGGAUUCACCGCUAAGGGAGGGGGAAGCAGUGACACCAUCAGACCAACAGGAAAAUCACAUUACGGCGAGCACUCAUGACUCGUCACAGCCCGAUGACAGUGGAUUCCAGUUGUCCACUAAUGAAGCAGCAGAAGAGGAGCAUCAGGCGGGAAAGGAGGAAUGUAAUGACUCUGAAACUAGAGAGGACACUGGGAAGGGAGAAUGUGCACAUAUGGAUCCCCAAUGAAAUAUCUUAUAAACUCUGUUCAUUCAUUAAGUGUUUAUGCCUUAUGUUGUUUAUGAGCAUUACUCACUGCUCUAAAACUACUUUUGACUGAGUGACAGGAGCUGCAAGGGUUUUUUUUUUGUGUUGUUGCAAUAUUUUUUGCCCGUAAAACACUUUUGUCUCACUACUCUGACUGUAUAGGCAUUGUUGUCUAUCUUUUUGCAUGCGCACACUCACAUUUUUUUCACUUACAAAAAACAAAGUCACUCUUAGUUAGAGCUGGGCUCGAAAUAUGAACACAUCUCAGGGCAAAAAGUACAAUAUUCACCUUUAUUAGAAAUCUUCUUUCCUAGUUUAGUGUCAUUUUCAUUUGUGUGUG